AUGUGGCCAAAUUGCGACAGUGACUCAGGAACCAAGGGGACUCAAUUGAAGGGUCAACUAGUGGGAGGAAUCAUUAACCAGUUUGUCUUUCUCCGAGUCAGGGUGUCUGAUAAUGGAAGGGGUGUCAUGGAACGAAUAAAAAGGAACUUGAGAUAUAACAGGCUUUCUGGAUCUAUACCUGAAACAUUUAAAAACUUGACACUUCUCUCAGAACUUGUCCUUAGCGAUAACUAUUUGGAAGGACCCAUACCUCUUUUCCUUGGUGAAUUGAAGUCAUUGCAAGUGAUAGAUCUCUCCAAUAAUGGAUUUGAUGAUUCAAUUCCACCAGGACUGGGUGCCCUGCCAGAUCUGAAACGCCUGAGCUUGUAUGAUAACUCACUAUCAGGGGGGAUUCCGCAUCAGUUGGGAAACAGCUCCAGCCUUGAGGAAUUGUAUUUGAUGGACAAUUGGCUCUCGGGUCUGCUUCCGCCUGAGCUUGGGAACCUCACAGAUCUUCGAUAUAUGAUCCACGGUCCAAGAAGCUGAUUAAGACAGGCCAUAGAAAUGGAGGGC